AUUUCGUAGAUGAAAGAAUUAAAACGCUAGAUGCACCAUAACCUAAAAUUUCUUUUCGGAAGUGUAUCGCGUUCAUUUUCUCACUCGUGUCUUUUGGUGAACGUUACUAUACAAUCACAACAUGUCGUCGAAAGUAUCUAAAGAUACAUUGUAUGAGGCCGUCAACGAGGUGUUGAGCCAGGCCAAGACACACAAGAAAAACUUUUUGCAAACGGUCGAAUUGCAAAUUGGUCUUAAGAACUACGAUCCACAAAAGGAUAAGCGUUUCUCCGGAACCAUUAAAUUGAAGCACAUCCCUAGGCCCAAGAUGAAGGUGUGCAUUCUUGGUGACCAACAGCAUUGUGAUGAAGCCGAGGUAAAUAAGGUGCCAUUCAUGGAUGUUGAAGCCUUGAAAAAACUCAACAAGAAUAAGAAGUUAGUAAAGAAAUUGGCCAAACGAUAUGAUGCGUUCUUAGCCAGCGAAGCUCUUAUCAAACAGAUCCCACGUUUGUUAGGACCAGGUUUAAACAAAGCUGGUAAGUUUCCUGGUCUUUUGUCCCAUCAAGAAUCAAUGAACAUGAAAAUCGAUGAAGUUAAAGCCACCAUCAAGUUCCAAAUGAAAAAGGUAUUGUGUCUGUGUGUUGCUGUUGGCCAUGUUGACAUGAAAGCUGAUGAAUUGGCCCACAACAUCCAUCUUUCAAUCAAUUUCUUAGUUUCAUUGUUGAAGAAACAUUGGCAAAAUGUUAGGUCGCUGCACAUCAAGUCAACAAUGGGACCCCCACAACGUUUGUACUAAUGUGUGAUUCAAUUUUUAAUUUUUUAAAUAAAGACCACAUUAAUUUCAAAGUUGAAAUAA